UAUGCGGCUGACAAAUGUUUCUUUUACAUGUCUAUUCUUUUUGUAUAGUUCAUUCUAUUGUAUAAGCUCAAAGUUCAAUUGUAAAGUUAAAAAAAUUAUUUGUGCCUUGAUUGAAAAAGAAAUUACUAAAACCCAUAUACACAUAAUUACUUAUUUUCGAAGCGCAUUAUUAGUGUUUUUCAAAACAAAUUACAAGUAUGUCGCUUCAAUUUAGAACUUUACGACAAGUGAUUCAAAAGAACAGACGGGCAGCCUCUGUUCGAUUUGUGUCAACACAUGAUCUAAAGCAUACCAAGACCAAAGUAGUGGACAAUAUAGCAGUUAUUACAAUUGAUACUCCCAAUGCAAAGGUAAACUCCUUGGGAACAGAGAUAAUGUUAGAAUUUGAUUCAAUACUUCAUAAAAUAAAAAGUGACACAUCAGUCCAAGCUGCAGUGUUAAUAUCAGGUAAACCCAACUGCUUUAUUGCUGGAGCUGAUAUAUCGAUGUUGGAGAAUUGCAAAACAGAAGAAGAUGCUACACGUAUAGCUACAAUUGGUCAGGCAUUACUAAAUGAGAUAGAAACGAGUUCAAAACCAAUAGUUGCUGCGGUACAAGGAUCAUGUUUGGGAGGUGGUUUAGAAGUAGCUUUAUCGUGUCAUUACAGAAUUGGAGUAAAUGAUAAAAAAACUGCUUUAGGUGAAAGUAGCGCCAGUCUUGAUAUUACGACGUCUAUUUUGAAACAAAAAACGUUCUUUGAAUUGAAACAUCCUUAUCGACAUACGAAGGAAAUUUAUUACAGUAUAAAACUGUAAAGUGUAACGUCACAC